AUUGAGAUUCUUGGAAACGGAAUUUUGAAGCCUAAACAUGCAGCAAGGUUCGUGUGCUAACCUUCCCCACCAACAAAUCCAGGGAACAGUUGUCAUCAGUCAGUGUCCGGACCGAUUGGGCCCAGGAAAAUGGGUUUCAGUUCAAAUCUACAGUACUCAAGUUGAUUUUGAUACCAAUACAGGGAAGCUGAGCGAGAUAGCACUCCUGAGAAAGGGCAAGAGCAACGAACUCAACGAUACAAACACAAUAACGUAUGGAAUCACAUUUCAAGUGGAUCGAGAUUUCGGAAUUCCGGGCGCUCUCCUUGUGACAAAUCUGCACAAGCAUGAGUUCUUCCUUGUUUCUGUGAUGCUGAAAAUUCCCGGCAAGCGGGACAUCCAUUUCGAUUGCAACUCUUGGGUGUAUCCUAUCCACAAAACCAAAAUGAACCGCGUAUUCUUCUCAAAUACGUGUUAUCUUCCCGAGCGGACUCCGAUAGCUCUAAGAGAACUGAGAGAAGAGGAGCUUAUCAACUUGAGAGGAGAUGGAAGAGGAGAAAGAAAGGAAUGGGAGAGGAUCUAUGACUAUGAUAACUACAAUGAUCUCGGUAAUCAUGGUAAAGCAAGGAUUGUCUUGGGUGGAACAAUGAGAACUCCAUACCCUUGGCGGGGCCGAACGGGCCAACCUCCAACCAGCGAAGACGUGCUCAUGGAAGGACGGCCCACCAUUAUCAACCUGGAUAUCUACAUCCCUCCGGAUGAGCGAUUUAGCCCGAGCAAAAUGUCAGAAUUCCUUUCAAAUUCCAUCCAAGCAAUCGAGCAUUUCUUGAUCCCGGAGACCAAAGCCUUGUCCCAACAGGACUCCGGCUUUGAGUCGUUCGAUCAAUUGCACGAUAUGUUCUCUGGCAGCGCAGCCUUAGACAACUGGAUGGAAGUGAAGCUGAAGAAUUUGGUCUCAGACAAGGUUUAUAGAGAAAUAGUUAGAGCCAGUAAAUUAAGAGAAUCCUGCAUGAAAUUCCCAUUACCACAGAUUAUGGCAGUCAAUCAAUCAGCGUGGAAAGAUGAUGAAGAAUUUGCACGAGAAAUGAUUGCAGGCACUAAUCCAGCAGUGAUCUGCCGCUUGGAGACGUUUCCACCGGAAAGCAUAUCUGGGAAGAGUUCCAUCACAGCUGCUCACAUAGAGAAAAAUCUAGACGGAUCAACUCUCCAAAGUGCAAUGGAUGAAUGGAGGAUAUUCAUUCUCAAUCACCAUGACUAUCUCAUGCCAUCCUUGAGAACGAUCAACGCUGAGGGUGUGUGCAUCUAUGCAUCACGGACGCUUUUGUUUCUGAGGGACGACGGUACGUUGAAGCCGGUGGCCAUCGAACUGAGCUUGCCAUCAUCCGAAGACAAUGAAGAGGGUGAGAUUAGUAGAGUUUUUGUCCCGGGGAAUCAGGGCACGGAGGGUGCACUGUGGCAGCUUGCUAAGGCCCAUGUCGUCGUUAACGACUCUUGUUACCAUCAGCUUAUAAGCCACUGGUUACACACUCAUGCUGUCGUGGAACCCUUCAUCAUUGCCACAAGAAGGCAGUUGAGCUCGAUGCAUCCGAUACACAGGCUACUAGAUCCCCACUUCAAGGACACCAUGCACAUAAAUGCCCUUGCCCGAAGCAUUCUCUUGGGUGCCGACGGGAUUAUAGAGAGGACAAUGUAUCCUGGCAAGUACUCCAUGGCACUGUCGUGUGUGCUCUACAAAUAUUGGAGAUUCGAUGAACAAGGCCUUCCUGCAGAUCUUGUAAAGCGGCGACUAGCAGUGGUGGACUCAGAUCAUCCCUCUGGCGUCCGGCUGCUCUUCGAGGAUUACCCAUAUGGGGCCGAUGGCCUGGACAUCUGGACCACGAUCAAGACAUGGGUCUCAGACUACUGCUCCAUCUACUACACAGAUGAUGCAACCGUCAGCUCCGAUAUCGAAAUUCAAGCAUGGUGGAAUGAAAUUCGGCAGGUGGGCCAUGGCGACAAGCGCAAUGAGGGGUGGUGGUACCAAAUGAACACAUUAUCCAACUUGACACAGACCCUAACGACACUUAUGUGGAUCGCAUCGGCCCUCCAUGCAUCAGUCAACUUUGGGCAAUAUGGGUAUGCGGGUUACCCUCUGAACCGGCCGACGACAUGCCGCAAAUUCAUACCGGAGGAGGGGACGCUGGAGUUUGCUGAGUUCCUCGAGGACCCAGACAAGUACUACCUAAAAAUGUUACCGGACCGAUUUGCAACGACACUUGGUGUGGCAUUGAUCGAGGUCCUAUCGACACACAUGUCAGAUGAGGUGUACCUGGGCCAGAGAUCGUCGCCGGAGUGGACCGACAACGAUGAUGUCCGCAAGAUCUUCGAGAAGUUCAGGAACAACCUCAAGGAGGUGGAGAAGGUGAUCAUGGAGAGGAACGGGAAUCCUAAGCUUAAGAACAGGUUGGGCCCAGCCAGGAUUCCCUACACGCUCUUGUUCCCGGACACCUCGAAGGUGGGCCCCACAAAGGGAAUCACAGGGAAGGGGAUUCCAAACAGCGUUUCCAUUUGAUUGGCAUUGGUUUAUAUCCUACAACUCCGUGUGUGUUUAUAUGAUAGUGAAUUUGGUGUUGUUUCCUUGAUUAUUUUGACGGUUGGGAAGGAGGUUGUAUUAACGUGUCAACGCCUCAUCCUCCAGCUGAAUAAA